CGCUCGCGUGCGGUCUCGUGCAUCUUCCUCCUGACCCGCCGGUUCAACAAUUCUGCGGCAUUGGGCCAUGGGUUGGUUGCGGUCUUGAGCUUGAUACUCAACGACGAUCAGGACCACUGAUCAGCGACGGGAUCUUCUCAUCAUUGCGAAUAUCAGCAACAUGUACUCAGGCGGAGAGCAACCGUUCACGCUCUCUGUAGCUGACGCGGAUCUCGAAGUGCUUCGAACGAAGCUCGAACGUGCCCGCCUGCCUGAUGAGCUCGAUGACGCGGGAUGGGAGUACGGCGCGCCGCUUGCUAAUGUCAAGAGACUGCUCGCGCGGUGGAAGGACGGCUUCGACUGGCGCAAGGCGGAGACGAAGAUCAACGCGCUGCCGCAGUACACGAGGGAUGUCGAUGUGGACGGGUUUGGGACGCUGAACAUCCAUUACGUCCACCAGAAGAGCUCUGUCGACGACGCGAUACCGUUGCUGUUCGUGCAUGGAUGGCCGGGACACUUCCUCGAGGUGCGGAAGCUGCUUCCCCUGUUGACGGCCGCGUCGUCCGACCACCCGAGCUUCCACGUCGUGGCUCCCAGCCUGCCCAACUUUGGGUUCUCUGAGGGUGUCAAGGCGCGAGGAUUUCACGGGACUCACUAUGCCGAGGCGGUGAACAAGCUGAUGCUGGCGCUUGGGUAUAACGAGUAUGUUGUACAAGGAGGGGACUGGGGCUGCUUGAUAGCCCGACAGCUAGCAGCAAAUUAUGGACGCCAGCACGUGAAGGCGUGGCACACCAACUUCCCAGCCGUUCGUCAGCCGCCCUCGCUGACCCAGUUCCCCCGUCUCUGGCUCUCAUAUCUUCUUACCCCAUACAACGCAGCCGAGCGCGCUGGCCUCGAGCGUUCACAGUGGUUCGCCACCAAAGGCACAGGCUACAGCCAGGAGCAGUCCACUCAGCCGCAGACCCUUGGUUACUCCCUCGCCGACUCCCCUGUUGGUCUGCUCGCGUGGAUCUACGAAAAGCUCGUGACAUGGACGGACGAUUAUCCGUGGGAGGACGACGAAGUGCUAACCUGGGUCUCUGUAUACUGGUUUUCGCGCGCCGGACCGGCCGCGUCUGUGCGGAUUUACUACGAGGUGACGCAAGCGAACGAGCGCGCCCAGAUCCCUUGGAGCUCCAUCCCCUGUGGCCUCUCGUUCUUCCCGCGCGAGCUCCUCUCGGUGCCCAAGACCUGGGCGCGGACAAUAGGGAACGUGGUUAUCGAGUCGGAGCACGGCAGCGGCGGACACUUUGCUGCAUAUGAGAAACCAGAAGAGCUCGCUGCGGAUAUUCGGGCGAUGUUUGGGAAGGGUGGACCUGCGUUUGGAGUUGUCGGCGGGAAGGCUGGCUACGUUUCUGGCUACGUUUGAUGGCGUCAACGGGCCUCUCUCCUAUCCAUAACAGUAGUACAAAAGGAACUCCGGAUACUCGUGCACCUAUUGCCUCCAAAUGCAGUCCAUGUAUACUGGAUUUUUUCUGCAUGUAUAAUAGGUUUUUGAUAUAGGAAUAGGAACCCUGGUUCCUACAUAGUAAGAAUUGGAGGUCA